AUGCUGCACCGUUGGCAUCUGGAUCCGCAGCGGAUCCCGGUGUCGGCGGUUCCUCGUACCCAACGGGCGCACGAGGUGACAAGUCAGGACAUCAUAACGGCGUUGGCGUGGCAUCUCUGCCUUCUGGUUUUUGCCCCUCUCUUGGGUUGCUACGGGAACACCAAACGUCUCAUUAGUGGAGGCCAGUUCAGUCCCGUCCAGGUGAAUGAAUCUCCCACGUUCUCCUCCGCCUCCGUUUCUCCACGCCCUUCUCAGUUCUCAAGGCUUUCUUCUUCCUUCCAGCUCCAGCGCACGGUGACGGUGAUCGCAGGAUCUGGACUGGACUGCUCCGCCAAGCCUGGUCUGCAGGAAGAUCUGGAGGACACUUCUGAGAUUCCCUACUGCAAGGUCAUACCAGAGAGGUUUGCAAAGCAUUUCGCAGGGAAAAUGCCACGGACCGUCAAACUAGAAGGCCCUAAUGGCAUUCUGUAUGAUGUUGGAGUUACUGAGCACAGGAAUAGAAAAGUCAUCCAAUCUGGAUGGGAGGUGUUUGUUGAUGCCAAUGACAUAGUACAGAAAGACUCAUUGAUGUUCCGAUACCGUGGAAGUUCUCGCUUCAAGGUUGCGGUCUUUGAUUCUAGUGGUUGUGAGAAAACUGUGCCCUGUUUUGGCAUAGGGAGCUCUAUGAGUGAUCAACCAAUCACAAAUUCUACAGGAAUGUCAGGCAGUUCCAGCGACCGUAAUACUCACUCGUCAAUGGGUCAGCAAUCAGAUGGAUGCCAAAGUGAAAGCUCAGGACAUUGUAGAAAACUGGCCUGGACAGACGCAGCAUCGUCUCCAUCUGAGGAUUUGCCAGGAGAAGACAGUCCUUACGAGCAUGAGUCUUCAGGAUCGGAUGAUCACACACUCCCAAAGAUGAUCUCAACAGUGCGUAUUAAGGAGGAGCAAUGUUCUGAUGCAAGUGGAAGAUCAGACGGAUGCCACAGUGGGAGUACUAGAAAGACAGCUGUUAUAUCCACUCCAUCUGCGGAGUCAGGACGUCCAAAGGAUAAGUAUGUGUUGUCAAGUAGGAGUAAUUUGGCUGAUGCACAAAAAGAGAAAAUAGAUAAGCUUCUCCAGGACGUUCAAUCCAGAACUCUUGCAUUCGUGGCUAUCAUGAGGAAGUCCAAUGUCCAACCACCGUAUCCUUCUCUGCCCAUCAUGAAGGAAUACGCAGUUGCACACUUUCCCCAUGAAAGUGCAUCUGUCAUACUUCAGAGGCCGGGCGAGAACAAAAGGUGGUACCCCAGGUUCUACGAGGGGAAUGAUAGUAUUCACAAGAUUAGGGGGGAGUGGUUAGACUUUGUUUGUGACAAUAGUGUGGAGGAGGGAGAUAUCUGCAUCUUUGUACCAGCAAAGGGUGGGGGAAGGUUCACAUUUACGGUUCAUCUACUUCGCGCAGAAAGCAAGGCGCACGCAGGUCAUUUUGUGCCGCCCUACAUGCUGUCACAAAUGAGCUUUCUGUCUCCAUUGCAACAGAGCAUAGUUGAAGAUAAAGCGGAAGCCAUCCAACUCGAAGCACAUCUGUAUGUGGCAAUCAUGAACAAAACCAAUGUUGGUGUCAAAGGGCAUUACAGCCUGGAGUUUGGUGCAAAAUAUGCUGCUGUGUAUCUUCCAAAGGAAGAGCGAACUAUUUUGCUCCAGCGUAAGGGGAAGGAAUGGCAAACUCAGAUGCAUAUUCGGAAUGGUAGGAGGCGUGUCCUUGAAGGAGGUUGGCACAAAUUUAUCAGUGACAACCGUCUGCGAGUUGGUGAUAUCUGUCUGUUUGAGCUGAAGCGGAACCGGAGGAAGCUUACCAUGAUUGUCCAUAUCAUUUCCCGUGAUCAGUGUUAG